GGAACACCUCUCCUGCUUGUUCUUCGAUGAUAUUUAACCGGGAAUCGCUCGAACGUUUCUACUACACGUGCUACCGUUCGAUGGAGUGAUCAUUAGAAGAGAUAAAGAUGUCACGGUGUCUAAGAAAGGGAAUCUCAUUACGCGAUUACUCGGUGCAUAAAGUGUAACUAGAAGACUAAAUCUUCAACAAUGAUGCUUAGGACAUUCUACGUUCUGUGUUGCUUGUGGACGUUUACCUUAUCGGAGAAUAUCGAUGGGGCAAGUCAGUCAAGUUCGUCGUUAUCACCAGAAAUAAAUAACACGAGGGAUAAGCGAGCACUGGGUCUGAUCCUCUCAGGACUGGCCCAGGUUUUCGGCUACACGGUGGAUCCUAUUCAAUUGGCGACAUUGCCCAAUCCAGACGAUGCGAAAUCGACCCAAACAUCGUGUAAUAAUACCCAGAAUCCAUGCAUGUCUAAUCAGAAUGGUUCAACUACUAGCAGACCCCCACAGCGAGAAACGAUCAGAUUAACAGGUGUCUUAAAUUUUGGCAACGAUUCGAAUAUCCUGAAUCAUUUGCAGGAAUACGAGCAGAUUUUCCAUGGAAAUGGUAGUUCAACUACUCAGACACCAUCUGGACCACCGUCGACCCAGACACCUAUGAUCGAUACAAGAACUCCUCUUUUGCCGAACAUAUCCCUGCCCUCCAUGCCUCAGCCACCCUUACCAGAGAUUCCGCCGCAGGACAUUAAACUGUCCUACCCCAGGCCACUGGUUCUGAUUCACCGCAAUCAGAAUUUCAGCAACGCGAGAAACAAGAGCAUGACGCAGGAGCGGGGUCAACAAGGAAACGAUAUGGGUUCGAAGGACACAAAUGGUUCAAAUGCAGAUAAAUUACGUUGGGAGGAAUAUGAAGAGAGACUUGCCGAGUUGGAACGCAGACAGCAAGAGCAGGCUGAGAGAUUGAGACAACAGGAGCAUCUUAGAAACCGUGAGAAGGAUGACAAUUAUAGCAGUGAAGGGAACGAGAGAAAUCGAGGAAAACAAACGGGUCACAGAGAUGAAGAUUGCCAGGGAAAAGAGGAUGGAAAUUAUGAGAAUCCUUCAGAGGAAGAGGAGGAGGAAGAGGAGGAGGAGGAGGAGGAAGGAUCGAGAGAGAGUUUUAAGAAUCAACAGAAGACGGAUCAGGAAGAGCCUCAGGAAAGCAAUGAAGAAGAGCAGUCGAAGGACGAUGAUGUUUACAAGUAUGGCAUCUUCGGUGAACUGCCAAUAAGCAAAGAUGACGAACAGAGGAGACCUGAACAACUUCGAAACAGCUACGGAGAGCCUUUGGAUAAUCGCGAGUUGACGGAUGAUGGAUUUGUGAAUUACUUCAGCAAACUGAAGCAACAAAACGAUUUCCGUACUUCGUCUAUCACUCCUAAUUCACGGGAAGAAACUUCUAAGGAAAAUGAAGAUGAGAGCAGAGAAUACCUUCCCGCCAGGAACAAAUACGAGGAGUACGCUCUUGAAGAAGAUACGGACUCCGGGAUGAAGGAGGAUGAAAACUCCGAGGAAGAUGACUCUCCUCCAAUGAAGUAUUCUAGCAAAGUUCCCUCCAAUGGAGAAGAUCAAUCCUUCUUCAAGGAUCAGAAAAUCAAUGAGGAGUUGGAUUUCAGCAAGCACGUACCUCUGAUUAUACCAGUUAGGUACCUAACCGCCCCUGAAGAACUGGACAAGGUAAGACUCUCGACGACUGUGAAGUCGCAGAAGGAUAACACUGUACCGGAAGCCACGAAAAAAGUUUCCCGUAAGGAAUUAAGGCCACCUAAGAAGAACUUAAAACCAACAAUAGGUUUUCCAGCAUUGCCCAGGAAGCUUCAUCAUGGCGAACAAAAGGAGCUGCAAAUGUGGCCCCCGCCUUUUGAUUUCAUUUUGGAUAGCACGAUUCAAGCGGAUGAUACUUCUGGUGGUUCCUCUUCAGGGAAAGCUAAACCAUAUGAUAAAAGAAAUGGAAAACAGGGGCAACCUCCUGGAAGAAUGGCGCCACCUGUUGAUCCUCCAGCACCAAGGACUUACGAUUAUCCUGAGAAUAUCUAUUAUCAAAGUUUUGGGAAGAAUUUUGAAUCUAGAACUGGUGCUUCGAAACAAUCAAUGUUUCACAGACCAGUGAAUGAUGGAAUUAUGAAUCGGACGCGAUCUGAAGCCGAAGAAAUACCAGAUUUCUGGCAACGUCAUAGAUAUACCUUGAACGACGAUUAUAAAAAUUUGGAAGAACCAAAUUUGAGAAUAAAGUCCUCUGUUCAAGGACAAAAUUCUGGUUCGAAGAGAUUAGAAUCUUCGAAACGGAGCACGGAAAAUAUUGAGCCAACCAUGGAGAAUUAUUUUAACAAAAUAUAUCCUGGAGCACGUAGAGAAGAUGGUAAAAAUCAAAGAGUGCAAAAUUUUCAAAUUGCUAUGCAGAAUUCGAAAUCAAUUACGGUACCCGAAAGUCCUGGAAAGGAUUAUGAUUACUUCGGGGUUGGACCUAAUGAUUAUGAUGUCGAUUAUAUAAGAGGACACGAGAAAUUGCCUCGAGUUUUUGCCAAUGACCAACGGUUGUAUCAAUAUAGCGAAAGUUUAACGAAAUUAACUAGUGGACCGGAAAGCAAAGAUAGGAAAGUUGCAGUUACAGAUUACGAGAAUGCUGGUAAUGCUAUGAUAGCCUUGGGACAAGAAGAGAUCAGUUCAACUAUACCAAUUAGUUACAUCAGUUAUCCUCCUAUUUUAUAA